AUCUUCUCCAGCCGUCCGAUGACUUCUCUCUCUACAGGCUUUUGGAGCUAUAAAUACCUCUCAUCCACCGCUUUUCUAUCCCCAUGGUUCCGUCUGCCAUUUAUCUAUAGGGAGAGAAACAGAUACAGAGAGAGAGAACUCUGUUUCUGAGUUAUGGCUAGAGCCAGAGAUAUCGACGAUCUGCCGAAGAACGACGCCAACUAUACCGCCUUAACGCCGCUGUGGUUUCUCGAGAGAGCCGCCUUGGUUCAUCCUUCCAGAUUAUCGGUUGUCCAUGGAUCUCGCCGCUACAACUGGCUUCAGACUUACCAACGCUGUCGCCGUUUGGCUUCUGCUCUUUCGAAUCGCUCCAUCGGCGCCGGAGAUACGGUGGCAAUAAUUGCUCCAAACAUACCGGCUAUCUAUGAAGCUCAUUUUGGAGUUCCCAUGGCUGGAGCUGUUCUGAAUUGUGUUAAUAUUCGUUUAAAUGCACAAACAAUUUCAUUUCUUCUCGGUCACUCAUCAUCUGCAGUUGUUAUGGUGGAUCAAGAGUUUUUUCCCUUAGCAGAAGAAGCUUUGAAUAUCCUAGCUGAAAAAGGCCGUGGGCAGUACAAGCCACCACUUCUAAUUGUAAUUGGUGAUGAAAGCUGUGAUCCCGACGCACUGAAAUAUGCUUUAUCGAAAGGGGCCAUUGAAUACGAGAAAUUCUUGGAAACGGGCAAUCCUGAGUAUGCUUGGAAACCACCAGAAGAUGAGUGGCAGAGCAUUGCUCUUGGCUAUACGUCUGGCACAACUUCAAGUCCUAAAGGGGUGGUUUUGAGCCACCGAGGGGCAUAUGUCAUGUCUUUGAGUGUAGGCUUAGCGUGGGGGAUGAAUGAUGGAGCUAUUUAUCUUUGGACCCUGCCAAUGUUCCAUUGCAAUGGUUGGUGUUACACAUGGGCACUAGCUGCUUUCUGUGGGACAAGUAUAUGCCUCCGACAGGUCACAGCCAAGGCAGUUUAUUCAGCCAUAGCCAAACAUAAAGUAACACACUUUUGUGCAGCACCUGUGGUUCUUAACACUAUUGUCAAUGCCCCUAAAGAAGACACUAUCCUUCCCCUUCCCCAUGUCGUCCAUGCAAUGACAGCAGGCGCUGCUCCACCUCCUUCUGUAUUAUACGCAAUGUCCCAGAAGGGCUUCCGCGUCACUCACACCUAUGGCCUAUCGGAAACCUAUGGUCCCUCCACGGUAUGCGCAUGGAAACCAGAGUGGGACCAAUUGCCUCUCGAAGCCCAAGCGCGAAUGAACGCUCGUCAAGGCGUACGAUACAUAGCAUUGGAGGGGUUAGACGUUGUCAACACUCAAACAAUGCAACCCGUCCCUUGCGAUGGAAAAACUGUCGGAGAGAUCGUAAUGCGUGGGAACGCUGUUAUGAAAGGCUACUUAAAGAACCCGAAAGCAAACGAAGAGGCCUUUGCAAAUGGGUGGUUCCACUCAGGCGAUCUCGGCGUGAAACACCCAGAUGGUUACAUAGAAGUGAAAGACAGAUCAAAGGACAUCAUCAUUUCUGGAGGCGAGAACAUCAGCAGUGUGGAGAUAGAGAACACGCUGUACCAGCACCCGGCGGUGCUGGAGGCGUCUGUUGUAGCUAGAGCAGACGAACGGUGGGGAGAAUCCCCUUGCGCUUUUGUGGGAUUGAAGGUGAAGAUAGAUAAGGAUAAGGAGCGGGAAAUGGGUGAGGACAUCAUGAAGUUUUGCAAGGCGAGGAUGCCAGCUUACUGGGUCCCGAAAUCUGUGGUGUUUGGGGAGCUGCCAAAAACAGCAACAGGGAAGAUUCAAAAGAAUCUGCUGAGAGCGAAGGCGAAGGAGAUGGGGCCUGUUAAGAUCAGCAAGCUGUAAGGAAGCGUGGAAGCCCCACUGGAACGAGCCGCCGCCCCCGCCGCUGCUUCUGUAGGUACUUUGAGUAUGUAUUGUAUUUUACAGGGCAGAAACAGAGUAUACAAAUACUUUGUUAUUCUAAUACAGAUUCACUGCUACUGAGAUUUGUUUGAGUCACUUCAAAUUGUCUUUAGCCAACGUUGUUUAAUUCAUAUGUUUUCAACCCUUUU